AUGUCAGGUCCACUAGGUGACUUACCUGGAAUGUCAUUCGAUCCAAUACGAAACAGAUAUUUCCCGAUUCCAAGAGGUCCUCCAUCGAAUCUGACAGAAGAAGAUAAUAGACCUACACCAUUUCCAACUUAUCCUCAUAAUUCAGCAAAUUCAGAUUACAGUUUAGCAAGAUCGGAUGGAUCAAGAUUCAUAAAUCCAAACUCACAUGCUCUUCCUCGUUCGAACCCAAUAUCGAACCUUACUUCGAACGAGAGUUCAAAUUUCGCUUCAAGGGGAAACUCAGAUUCUGAAGGCGGACAACCAGGUGGAUCUGGAAAUGGGUCAUUGACAAGAACAAGAACAGGGACAGGGACACCUGCUGUCAGAGGUAGUGGGAGUGUCAAUACAAAUGGAAAUGGAACAAGAAAAGAACCUAAUCCAGGUGCAUUCGGAUCCAAGUUAUGGCAAAGUCAAAACCAAAUGCAUGGUCAUGCAGGCGAUGAAACUCGAAUGAGAAACCUUGAAGAAAUAUCAAAUCCACCUCCAGGUUGUCUGAGUGGUUCUCAUCACGUAAAGAGAAAUUCAUAUAGAUUCGGAGGAUUUGAUGAUAAAGAAACUAUCGAAAGGGUCGCAAAGAUCAAAAAAGGUAGAUUCGGUAUUAGAUAUAACGGGAAAACAAAUGAUAGACAUUUAAGUGCACAAGAAAAUAUCCUUAGUAAUCUGGAAUUAGAAGAAGAACAUAAUCAUUGUGGAUGUCACGGAGAAGUGAUAACAGAUUAUAAGGCUUUCGGAGACGAAGCAUAUUACGCUACUACCGAUCACGGUAAAGUCAUUAUGCACAACAGGAAUGGAAAUACUGCUAUAUUCUCGGUCUGCGCUCAGAAUCUUGUUGGAAUGCAUUGCGACACACCUCGUCUAAUCAUGAUGGCAAUAGCUGGAGGAUCUGAACCGCACGUUCAUCUCUUCAAACGAGAUCCGGAAAUGUUGGAACAUGUAUUCAUGACUCAUUCAGAAUUGAACUUGUAUCAGUCUGAAAUUUACGGUUUGAGUGGAUUCGAUGACAUCUGCACGUUAGGCGGUAUCAAAUCAAUCACAACGAUAAACUACAGUGGUCCUUCCCUCAGAUCAUCUCGACGAAAACUGUCAAGUGAUGCCUUGGCUGUCCAUCAGUCUUCAAAAGAUCUCGUAUAUGUAGGUCAGAGAUCGGGUGAUGUCUCUCUGGAAGACUUGCGAACGAAUCCAAGAAACCCAAAUGUGGUAGCUAGAACAGUGAAAGGGAAAGCUGUAGUUGAAGUCAAGAGGUUAAGUGACGCGGCUGUUCCUUGGGGUGUGAUAGUCAGUGGUAUGAGUCAUGAGAUGUUACUAUUCGAUGUGAGAUACGGGAGUGAACCGUUGAAGGUAUUCAAAGGUCACUUCAAUACUUUUCAUUCUAGUGUGGCACUCGCAACGACUUCAGACGAUAAGCUUUUAUUCGCAUCUUCCUCAGACCGUAGAAUACGUGCUUGGUCAACUUUAACGGGUGAACCGGUAUUACCACCGCUAUCAAACGAAUGGGAACUUCAUGACGAACAUGCUAAGAAUCCAUUGAAUAAAGUAUUCGAACACAGAAUAACUCACUUGGAUAUUAAUGAUGAAUUAGGUUUGGAUGCCGUUGUGAGAGGUGACUUGUAUAGGUUUGGAAGGGCGUGA